CCAGUAGUAUGCUUAUAGAAGAACGUGGUGAUGUUAUAAUGGACAAGAAGGAGUCUAGUGGGACGGUGGUAAAUAGUACAAGAUAUUUAGCUGGCAACAAUACAACAACGACAAUAAUUAAACAAUCACCCACGUCACCCAUACCCAUGGAUGUACAACAGCAACAAACGACGUCACAUUCUUCUCUACAGCCUAGAGAAGAUUUAUACUCAACAACAGACAACCUUAAUGAUACUACAACAAAUCUACAUGAAAAUUUAGAUUUGACAACAACGUCACAAUCUUCACACCAUCAGUUGCAUCAUCCAACUCUUCUACAGUCUCACCAUCACCAGCAGCAGCUGCAACAGCAAUCCUCUCAUUUACAACAGCAUCAUCAUCAACAGCACACAAAUUUGAGGCUUAAUGCUAAUAGCAACAACAACAACAACACCGUUACAAACUCCAGCAAUCUAUUAAUUAAUUGUACACAAAAUAUUGCAUAUCCAAGACAAAAACAAGAGUUACCUUUACCUUUAACCACAUCAAUGACUGAGUGUCAAUUGACACCCUCAGAAGUGACAGCAGCAGCGCCUGUUGUUCACGAACAACGACCACCACCUCCAUCAUAUCAUACAACAACAGCAACAUCAUCAAAUUCCCAAACCUCUCAAACAAAACUAUAUCAUCAUGCCUCAACCGCACCCUCUGCAAAUUCAACUUGUACAAAUGAAAUGGAUUCUAUGGUUUCUUCCACAGCCCCAGAUCCCUUAACUGCUUCUGCAGCUGCUGCCUCCUCACGCCUAACGGCCUACGAACAAUUUCUCAAGUUAUCAGCGCAAGAAUACACAACAGCCGCUGAAAGUGCAGCUUUAAAUUUAAGUUCAGCAGCAGCAGCGGCUGCAGCUAUGGCCGCCGCAGCAGUAGCCAAUGUUACUGGAGCUGUAAGUAAUAGUAGUUCUUCUUCUUCACCUCUAGUGGGUGGCUUAGUAGUGGGCGCGAGUAGUGGUGGUGGUGGUGUUAGUAAUAUUUUAAGUAGUAUUGGUAGUAGUAAUAGUACAGCAUUGCUAAAUACCAGCAAUAGCAAUGAUUUGUCCUCGUCACUGCAUCAUUAAGUAUGUUUUUAUUUUUUGUUUUUUUUUUUUUUUCGUGAAUGUUAUAGAAAAUAUUGGAAAUUUUAAGGUUUAGGAAAGAUGGCGUUAAAAACAAUUUAUAUUUUUUAAAUAUUCUUGUUAAAAUAACAUUUGUUUAAAAGAAAGACUUUACAAUUUAGCAUUUUGUUAGUAAAAUUGAAAGGUAGAAUUGCAUUUUUUAAAUUCCCAACUUGAUACAAUUGAUAUUAAAAAGAAAUCUUUGUUAAACUCUUGCAAAAAUCGAUUGGUUUUAUAGAUCUCUUUGAGACAAUUAAUGGGAAUAUUUUCAAAUUUGAUAGAAUUUGUGACGAUUUUAACACAGACUAUCUCCACUCCACUAAAACUUCAUUGUUUAUCCAAUUUAUUUCGAAAAUCCAGAAUUAGGAAUAAAUCUAUUGUUGAAUAGUUUUCAAAUUCCUAAUUUGUUUUUUUUUUUUAAGUAAAUUGUAAAGUUUUUUUUUUUUAUUUUAUCUUGAAAUGUUAUU